GUCGGGGGUGUGGGUUCUGCAGCACUGACCCACGGUUUGUGAUUUCUCUCAGGCGGAUCUGUGCACGGGGCUGCAGGGCUUCCUCAUCUUCCACAGUUUCGGGGGCGGCACCGGCUCUGGGUUCGCGUCUCUGCUCAUGGAGCGGCUGUCGGUGGAUUACGGCAAGAAGUCCAAGCUGGAAUUUGCCAUUUACCCAGCCCCACAGGUGUCCACGGCCGUGGUGGAGCCCUACAACUCCAUCCUGACCACCCACACGACCCUGGAGCAUUCCGACUGUGCCUUCAUGGUGGACAACGAAGCCAUCUACGACAUAUGUCGGCGCAACCUGGAUAUCGAGCGGCCCACGUACACCAACCUCAAUCGUCUGAUCGGGCAGAUCGUGUCCUCCAUCACGGCCUCCCUGCGAUUCGAUGGGGCCCUGAACGUGGACUUGACGGAAUUCCAGACCAACCUGGUCCCGUACCCCCGCAUCCACUUUCCCCUGGCCACGUACGCCCCGGUCAUCUCUGCCGAGAAGGCCUACCACGAGCAGCUGUCCGUGGCCGAGAUCACCAAUGCCUGCUUCGAGCCAGCCAACCAGAUGGUCAAGUGUGACCCUCGGCACGGCAAGUACAUGGCCUGCUGCAUGUUGUACAGGGGGGACGUGGUCCCGAAAGAUGUCAACGCAGCCAUCGCCACCAUAACCAAGCGCACCAUCCAGUUUGUGGAUUGGUGCCCGACUGGAUUUAAGGUGGGCAUCAACUACCAGCCCCCCACCGUCGUCCCCGGGGGGGACCUGGCCAAGGUGCAGCGGGCCGUGUGCAUGCUGAGCAACACUACCGCCAUUGCCGAGGCCUGGGCCCGCCUGGACCAUAAGUUUGACCUCAUGUACGCAAAGCGAGCCUUUGUGCACUGGUACGUGGGGGAGGGCAUGGAGGAAGGGGAGUUCUCUGAGGCCCGGGAGGACCUGGCAGCUCUGGAGAAAGAUUAUGAAGAGGUGGGUGUGGAUUCCGUGGAAGCAGAGGCUGAAGAAGGGGAAGAAUACUGAGUGGGGGUGGGGCUGGCAGGUCUUCCUCUCCCCCCACCCCCUUCUGCCCCCCUGCAGCACAUCUUGUUUCCAGUUGUUUACAGUUAAAGUUUCUGUACAAAACCUCUGUGAACUGUGGUGCACGGCCAGGCGCACUCCUCUGCCUCCAGGGAUGGGUAGGACCCGAAGCCUGCUGGGCCAUGUGGAAGGCUGUCCCCGGCUGCACUGUAGGACUACAGGGAGCACUGCUGACAUCUGUAAGGAGCCACUGCUUAUGUGCCAUGAUCUGCGGGAAACAGUGUUUUCAAAUCAAGGUUUCAGAGCCCAAGAUUUCCUACAUCUCGGAAAACGGUGUUAGAUUUUCAGUUGUGUUU